GCAUUUUUAUGGCCAGAGGACCUGGCAAGUUUUUUAAAGUUUUUGUCUUUUUCAAAUUUUAAAUCGCUAGAAAAUAAAGGUUCCGUUUUUGUUUAUAAGUUGGUUGGAGAGUUUCCAAAAGUUCCCAACUUUCGAAUUUCUAAAAUUAAAAAUAUUGGGGGAAGGGAAGAAGUUAUUCAAAAAAGAACCCAUUCUUUAAACGAAUGCACUUAUAAUUAAUUUUUAGCUUUCAAAUCUGGAUAUAAAGGUGGACCAUUAGAAAUAGUUGAUAUUUAUCAGUUAGUUCUAAAUAUGCUUGGAGUUGACCCAUGCCAUCCAAAUAAUGGAAGUUGGGAAAGAGUUUCAGAAUUUUUAUCUGAUGAACUUGAAGAGAGGUCAUAUCAACCACAAAAUUUUGGUAUAAGGAAUUCAAAGCCUAUUACAUUAUUAUUAGUUGUGAUAGAAAUAUUAUUAGUUUGUAAUUUUAGUUUUUACUUUUUACCUACAGAUUUAUUCUAA